AUGCGACGUCCACUCUCGCCGACAUUGGCCAAAUUGGCCGAAAAGGAGGUGAACGAGACGCCGGACAGGAUUCAGCAGGACAUUAUUAUCCUGCGAGUCUGGAUACGCCAGCAGCCGCAUUUGCGUGCCCGCACAGAUGUAGAUUUCUUGAUUGCCUUCCUGAGACGCUGCAGAUACAGUUUGGAGGAGACCAAACGCCGGAUUGAUCGUUACUUCACCCACUACAAUCUUUUUCCGGAGAUCAUGAACAAUCGGUGUGUGACUCAGCGUCUUUUGGAUAUCAAUCGAAUGGGAAUAUGCCUUUAUCCGGAUAUGCCAAAAGGUGAUAGUCGCACAGCCAUGUUCAUAGCCCGGUUUGGUCACUUUGACCCCAAUCUUUACAUGCUGCGCGAGAUCUAUCACUUUUCCUCCAUGGCCAUGGAGGUGAUAGCUCUGGAGAAUGAUUAUGCCUCACUGGCGGGUAUCUGUGAAAUUAUUGAUCUCGAGGGAGUCAAUUCGGAUAAAAUGAGACGUUUUGAUAGGGUUUUAUUUCGCAAAUGGUGGAAUUGGCUGUACAAUUGCAGUCCCUUGAAGGUCAAGGAAAUGUACAUUAUCAACAUGCCCAAGGAUAUUCAGGGUACCGUCAUGUUUCUCUACAAUGUGCUCAGCAUGCAGGUCAACUAUCCGAUACGCGUCCUGAAGAACAGCGAGGAGCUAAUCGAGCACAUUGGCAAGGAUUCUUUGCCAGAGGAAUAUGGCGGCACCAAUGGCCACAUGGGUGAAUGUGUGGCCUACAUGGAGGAUCUCCUCAAUAGCUAUCGUGGGUAUUUCGAACAGGAUUGCAACUAUGGAACCAUUGAGGAGCUGCGUCACGGGGAAAUAGCCACCUAUGAAGCAGAAUUCGGAGCCAGUGGCUCUUUUCGGCGGCUGAACUGGGAUUGAUAAUGAUAACCUAACCCGGAAGCAGGAAAUCUAUACCCACCAAGACACGCAUAUCCAUAUUAACACAUUCCAAAAACUCUGCUGUAGUCGAUCAA